CGGAGGAGGCCGCCGCGGCGCGCGGCCGCGUCACGUGACCCGCCAUGCACGGGGGCCCGCCCUCCGGGGACAGCGCGUGCCCGCUGCGCACCAUCAAGCGCGUGCAGUUCGGCAUCCUCAGCCCCGAUGAGAUGAAACGGAUGUCGGUGACGGAGGGGGGGAUCAAGUACCCUGAGACAACGGAGGGGGGCCGCCCCAAGCUAGGGGGCUUGAUGGACCCCCGGCAAGGAGUGAUCGAGAAGACGGGCAGGUGCCAGACGUGUGCAGGUGAGACCGAAAGGACCUUGCUCCUGAGGGCGGUGUGGGGCGAGAUGCCAGCCUGGCAUCCCCGGGAGCUGAGAUCCCUGCCCCCCUGAGCCAGUGUGUCCCUA